AUGUUAUUGGCUGCUUUCUUCGUUGCCAUAAAGGCAGAUUAUAACGAAACGAAAAUUGGAGAUAUCAGGUUUAUUGACAAGGAAGACUUAAAGCUUGUUUCUCUAGAUCACGCGAUUGCCAAGAAGGAGGGCAUACAAAUGAGGGUGAGUGCAGACAAAGGAUCAUUGGUCGACUUCAACCACAUGAAUACAAAAGAUGAAUGGUCGUUUGAGUUCAAGUUUAAGAAUCUGCAUCUGAAUUACCCCGAGUUUGCAGGAAUAUACCUGUGGUACACGGAUCAGAAGAUGCACAGCGGCGAUUUUAACGGGGUCAAUAACAGAUUCAGUGGCUUAAUGACGGGCAUUGAGUUUUUGGGCCGUGGUUUAGAAAUAGUCUUGGGUGCAAAUGAUGGCAAAGAGGUACCAAGACACCCGGACGACAUUAUCAUUUUAAGAGACACUGUGAAUCCCGAAAGGUUCAGGGAUGUGAACGACUUCCGUAUCAAGGUUAUCUCCACAAAGAAAAACUUCAAAGUUGAGGUCUAUGAUGACGAAAGGCUGUUGUAUGACAAUCUUCGGUUUAUAGAAGCUCCUAUUCUUGGCCCGCGAGAGGGAAAGAAAUAUUUCAGCAUUUCUACACAAUACCACAAAGUGCCGAUGGACAAAAUAUUUGUCAUACGUGACAUUCAGUCCUAUGAAAGAACAGAAAGCAGAGAAUACGACCCGUACAAGGUUCAUUCAGAGGCACCAAGAGAUUUGCCGCGUUAUGGUACAGACAUCGACCAUCCAUCGAAGGAGGUACAAUACAUGAUAUCGGCAGUCGAGCACAUGAUGGCAUAUUUGCGGAGCAUACUCGGGCAUCCAGGUGGAGGCACCGUGUUGGAAAGCGCGAUGGACGCGAAGAACGCUGUGAUAUCUCAACAAAAGCAAAUACGAGAGAUCCUCACCAAUACGGACAAUCUUUCGGAAUCGUUGAAACAAAAUGGCACCAAAAUAAUCGGCACAAAGAUUGGUGAUUUAGAACUUGAGGUCAGAAACCUGCAGCGCAGUCUCUUUGAAACGCAGCAUCUCGUUAACGAGUGGGGAAAUAAGAUGAGCAGAAUGAAUAACAACAUCAUUCUGGUCUUCAUUAUAGUGGCGGUGAUAAGUCUUGCUGUUCUUGUGCUUAUUAGGAAAAAGACUGAGGCCAUUGUUAAAAAGGAGAGUUGAUAGAUAAGUAAAAUUGAAAGUUUUGGA